AUGUCCAUGGUUCUAACUAUUCACCCAGGGAUAGUUCAACAAUACAAAUGCGACAUAGCAGGUCUGUGCACAUGUAACCAGAUCAGCUUUGGUAUCAGUGGAAAUAGGCAAAACCCCACUGUAAAAUGCGGAAUAUUCACAAUAGUAUGCCUGAAUUUCCCGUCCAUAAAGUACCCUAUUAAGGGUCUUUUUGCGGAGAGCUGUACACGCCAUGAAUCAGUCAUUAAGUUGGUAGACAUGGAAACUGGUGAAGGGUUUAAGUACCCUCUCUCCAUAAUUAAUCAACUACUUGGUGAUUCAGGUAGUGAUAGCCAGUCUGCUGAUAACUCUCCCAACAUCAAUGUGAUUUAUGAUGUUGUCUGUAAGCUGGCAAAGUCACUGAAGAAAAGAAGCAAAUACAGCACUUACAGAUCCCAAACUACUUCAGAUUAA